UAAGAGUCUCACGCUCUACCGAUUGAGCUAACCGGGCGUGGCUCUUAUUGGUUGGGAGCCGUGGCCUCAGUCGCGUACUGGUGCUGUCGGAGUUGGAGAGAUUCAGUCGCCGCUCGAGGAGUUUCUGAGGGAGACGUGAGAAAGCAGAGAUGAUGUUGAUGCUUUCUAACCCUUUUCAUAAUAGCUUUGAGACUCGAGCGGGGUAAUAGAUGUACCGUCUUUGAGGCUGAUAACUGUGACAGAUUGGGUUAAACGACGUUUCUAUCAUUAUCAUCUCCUGACUUACGUGAUUCUAAUAACCAAUCAUCAUGAAUCGCAAGAUCGAAUGCCAGUGCGGCGCAGUCCAAAUCACAGCUUCGCGACCCCAGCCCCUCAGCGUCUACUGCUGUCAUUGUAUUGAAUGUCAGAAACAAUCGGCUUCUGCCUUCGGUACAUCAGCCAUCUUCCCAGCUGACGGUAUGUGGCCUCUAUCUAAAGAUGUCAUAUCCAAGCUCGGAGUCUGGAAACGACCUACAGACGAGGGAAAUACCCUGGAGUGCUACUUUUGCAAGACGUGCGGCGUGAGGGUCCUGCACCGUAGCGUCUUGCCAGACGGCCAAGGGAAGCCAUAUAUUUCGGUGAAGGGGGGUUGCGUUGAGGGUUUGAGUUGGGAGAAUGCGAAGCAUAUUUACACUCGAAGCGCUCGUGUUCCUGUGCCUGAAGGGGGUUAUCAGACUGUACCUGAAGGACAGGAUUAAACUUUGAGCAUGGGAAGCAAUCAAGCUUCAACGCAGACGUGAGAAGGAUGGUUCUGGGUCUUGAGCAUGUAGGACCAGAAGAAUAUUUGAACAAGUUUGUAGAAAUGAUUGAUUAUGAUAAUGAUAAUCUCGCGUAUCUAAUACGAUGAUAAUACGUAGCAGGCGGGGUCAUCGGAAAUCCGGCCCCUGUCGGAGGUGCC